AUGGCACCCACUGCUGUUGACUACAUGAGCUCUGACGACCCAUUUUCCCAAUUUAUUAAACCUCCCGCGAAUGAACCAUCUGGCGAUCAACAGGCAGAACGACUUGCGUCCGAACUCAUCGAUGCCCAAAUCGCACGAGAGGCAGAGGCCCGUGCAGAACAUCGUCGUCAUAAUCCAGAGCUCCGGCUGCUUCUGCUCGGUCAGGCCGAAUCAGGCAAAUCCACGUUGCUCAAACAGUUCCAGAUGUUGUACGCACCACACACUCUCGAUGCAGAGCGUGCAGCAUGGCGUGGUGUUGUAUUUUUAAACAUUAUCAAGGCCUUGCGCACUAUUUGCGAGACACACGACUUUGAAUAUGGAUCCAACAACGGUACACCUGCCGUAUACGACCCUUGGUCUGAUGCCUACACUCCCCCUGCAUCACCCAAGGGCACACCAGGCCGCGACAACCUGACAACCGUCAAACUCCAUCUCGCUCCCUUGCUCGGCCUCGAAGCUACUCUCGCUCAACGUAUCGGCUCGGGGUUCAACCUCGCCGGUCGGACCGAGUUUUGUGUCCGUCGUGGAUGGCAGGACAAUACCCAAUUCACUCGUCCAAGCUCAGGGAAAAGAAAAGUCCGGAGUAGGAGUGGAAGUGUUGACGCGGACAGAGGGAUUGGAAAUGGGAAAGCACCCGAGAGUGAACUGCAUCUGGACGUUCAGACGGUGUUGGCGGAUUGUAGGUCAGACAUACAGGCGUUGUGGGCUCAUCCGAGCUUGAAGGUCCUGGUACAAAGAAGGAGACUUAGAUUGGAGGAUGCGAGCAUAUUUUUCCUAGACGAACUCAACCGCAUCACUCAACCCGGAUACCUUCCCUCUGACGACGACAUCCUUCGUGCGCGAAUACGAACCAUCGGGAUCAGUGAAUGGUCAUUUCAGUUUACGUACCCAGGAAAGAAAAAUUUGUGCAAUUGGCGUUUGUUCGAUGUAGGAGGCGCACGCUCUCAACGCGCCCACUGGGCUCCCUAUUUUGAAGAUGCAACAGCGAUUGUAUUUUUGGCUCCUAUUAGCGCAUACGACCAAUACCUCGAAGAGGAUGCCCGAACAAACCGCAUAGACGACUCGCUCCAGCUCUGGACGCAGAUCACGUCUAGUCCGAUACUGAAAGAGGUCCACUUGGUAUUGUUCUUGAACAAGUGUGACGUAUUGAGAGGGAAGCUUGCGGCUGGUGUCAAGGUCAAAAAAUACAUCACCUCAUACGGCGAUAGACCCAACGAAUAUGCUCCGGUGUCACACUAUUUUAGGGCACACUUUAGCCAAGUGUUCAAACGCAACAACACUGAUUCAAAACGGGAAUUAUAUUGCCAUUUGACGAGCGUGAUUGAUACCCAAGCUACCCAAUCCAUCAUCCUAUCCGUUCGUGACGGCUUGUUCCGUGCCAACCUCAAGCAUACUGGCCUCAUAUAG